ACUAUAAAUGCGGGUUCCUAGUGAUUGAAUUCAUCGCAAAUUAUUCGUGGAUUAGAUAGUAAUAGGAGAUUUCUGAUAAGCAGUUUCUAGUUGCAUGUCGUCAUGACGUCACGGAUGUCACCACAAAGCGAGAAAAACUGGAGCCGAGUGUUUAUGCGUGGACGAUAGACGCCAUCUUGUACUUCGUGACUUCGUGAUGUGCCAUUGAAGUCUUCGAAAGUUCGAAAGAUGCCUUGAAAAAUCCGACCGAUUUGCCUUUAUAAUGGAUCCAUACCAAUACCAACAGCAAGCCCAACUUCAUUUGCAACAACAAUACGGUCAACAAGCGCAAUACGUUCAAUACGCUUACUUCCAACCCGGCCAAUAUGGCGCCGCGUAUGGCAUUCAGCCUCAAACACAAGCUGCACUUGCGACUUAUCAGCCUGGGGUUGUACAGCAAGGGCAAAUAGACCCUAACCAGGCUUACGGUCAAGCAUUGGUCGGUCAAAAUACUCAAGCUGUUUUUGUUGGAGCUACUGGACAAUCUCACCAACAGCCAGGGGUCGGAGUUCAGGGUGUUUUGAGUCAACCACCGGCCCCCCCUGACGCCAGCGCUGCCACUAGCGGUGUAGCUGUGGCUACAGGUGCAGUUACACUGCAAUCAAUAGAGGAGGCAAAGGCUAAGUACCAGAAAGAAUAUGAGCAGUGGAAAGAGCAGUAUACACAAUGGCAAGCACAGCACGCAAAUCACCCUGACCAGAAACAAUUCCAGGAAUACCAGAAACAGAUGCAGACAUGGCAUGAACAACAACAGCAGCUUCUACAAGCACAGGCAGCCGCUUUAGGACAGUCGCAGGGUGGGGCUAGUACUGCUCCUGUUGCCCAAGGUGGUGCAGUAGGUUUACCGGCAAAUGAACAGUAUCAGGGUAAUGUGACACAACAAGGAGUAAGCAUGCAGCAACAAUAUCAAUGGCAACAACAACCAUACCAGCAACAAACUCAACAAUGGCAGCAACAAACUUCUUACCAGCAGCAGCAGCAGCAACAACAUCAUCAGCAACAACCAAACCAUACUCAACACAGGGAGAGUCAACAAAAUCAUCAAGGUUUUCAAACAGGAUUACAUAGACAGCAACAACAACCAGAAUUUAAAAAUCAAGGCCAGAAUUCAAGCUCCCAACCAAAUCAACCAUGGAAACAAGGCCAGAAUUCAAGCUCUCAGCCAAAUCAACCAUGGAAACAAGGCCAGAGUUCAAGCUCCCAACCAAAUCAACCAUGGAAACAAGACCAGAAUUCAAGCUCUCAGCCAAAUCAAACAUGGAAACAAGACCAGGAUCCAAACUCUCAACCAAAUCAACCAUGGAAACAAGGCCAGAAUUCAAGCUCUCAGCCAAAUCAACCAUGGAAACAAGGCCAGAAUUCAAGCCCCCAACCAAAUAAACCAUGGAAACAAGACCAGAAUUCAAGCUCUCAGCCAAAUCAACCAUGGCAACAAGACCAGAAUUCAAGCUCUCGACCGAAUCAACCAUGGAAACAAGGCCAGAAUUCAAGCUCUCAGCCAAAUCAACCAUGGAAACAAGGCCAGAAUUCAAGCUCUCAACCAAAUCAACCAUGGAAACAAGGCCAGAAUUCAAGCUCUCAGCCAAAUCAACCAUGGAAUCAAGGCCAGAGUUACCAAUCUCAAAACCUUCAAAAUUACCAACGUGAUGAUCAGAGCCAUCACCAAGAACAAGAGAAUCAGUCCCAUAACUACAAAAAUCAAGGGUUUCAAUCACAGCAGAACAACCAACAAGUUGGCAACAAGCCAUGGCUCCAGGGGGCUGGGAGUGGAGGCCCAAGAAAUUCUAUGGACAGACAAUCAGGUGUUCAAAACAUAGCAUAUGAGAACCAACAUCAAAAUCAAAAUCAGCCAUCGUGGAUGCAAAACAAGAGCCAGCAGGGAUUCCAGGGGUCUUCAAGAAAGCCACCAGGUCUUAUGGAUAAUCAGCAGCAAAAUCAAACUGGUUCAAAGCCUGCAUGGCUUCAGGGUAAAGACUUGAAUGCAACCAUGCAAAGAGAUGAUACUGCGAGAGGCCAGGUGCAAUACAACCAAAACAAUCAACAGAAAAAUGUACCCAGGUGGAUGCAUAAUCAGAAUAACCAAGGUAAUCUGCAAAAUACCAAAACACAGUGGAAUCAUGGACAAGGUGACAUGGGCAAUCAAUCAACAACUUUUCAAAGUGAGAGUAGGCCAAACUUUGCUGAAAGUUAUGCUAAGAGAAUUGAAAAUGCUGCACAAAGCAAACCCCAGAAUGAGAAACCAAAGUGGCUGCAGGGAAAAUCUGAGCCAACUCCUACUUGGCUCAGAGACAAGGAAUCCAUUGACAAAAUGAUGGAUAAUGAUCAGAACAAGUCACAGUCAGUUGAAAACAAACCCAAAGAGCUUCCUAAAUGGUUGCAAAGCCAAAAAAAUCAAGCUCCUAAUUCUUCUUCAGAAACAAAAGAUUCUAAAUGGCCACAGGCACCUUCAAUACCAGAUAAUACACAAACCAAUGAGCCAAACAAACCAAAAUGGCUGCAAAGUGGGCAAUCUACCGACGCUAUAUCUCAGGAUUCAAAAGCUAGUGAGGAGCAAGUUAAAAACGACCCAAAACCACUUCCUAAGUGGCUUCAGCAGCAGACGGCAUUAGCAAGUACUGUAUCAUCUACUGCGACAACAGGCAUAAGUUCAACGGCAGCUCCAUCUACCACUUUGUCAUCUGCAACUGAAGCAAGUUCGAAGAAGUUGGAUCCAAAGAAGGAGCUUGAAUUCCUACAUCAGCAGUCCGUACAGCUGAUGAAACUUGCUGAGUUAGAGAAAAAAGCUAAAGAAGCUAAUGCUAAUGCUGCGAAGACAGAACCAGCUCCAGGAAGUGCUUCUGUCCCAACCUCAGAAACUGGUUUUGCAAAAUUUGCACCACCACCACUACCAGCCAGACCACCCACCCCACCCCUCAAAAAAGUCCCCUGCAAGUUCUUUCCAACAUGUCGAUAUGGCAAAGAGUGUCGGUUCAAGCAUCCACCUUGUGAGGCUGGCAAUGAGUGUGAGCAAACAGACUGUAUCCUUGACCAUUCUGGGCCACCUCUUAAACCGAGAGAGGAGAGAGAGAAGGAACAAUAUGAACAUACCAGAGAAACAGCAAGAAGUGAUUACCCGACUGACCGAUAUCCAGAUGACGGCAGAUAUACAAGAGAGGAAUGGGAACGGCAAGAGGAGGACUGGCGCCAGCGGUGGGAUGAGUGGGAUAGGUCAACAGGAGAAAGGGGGCCGCCGCCUCCUUAUUGGGAUGAGCAUGGUCGACCGCCUAAGGAUGAGUGGGAUCGAGGCUAUCCUCCAAGGGAUGAGUGGUACCAGAGACCUCCAGAUGAUAGGGAACCUUAUGGUAGAUACGAUGACUAUUACAGAAGUGAGAGAAAAGCCUGGCCACCUCGAGAUGAGUGGGAGGAUGAAAGGUACAGGGAGCGCCGUCCUUACUCUCCCAGGGCAGAACGGGAAAGGUAUGACUGGCCGCCUUAUGACAGGGAGCGUUCUCCUGGACGAGAAAGGCGCUCCAGGUCCCCUUAUGGGCGUGAAUACAGGGACAGGUCCCCACUUAGACGGCCACCAGCAGAGUAUGAUCGUCAUGGUAGGCCGCUACCACCACCCCCUGACGAUUAUUGGCGGCGGGAAGCGUGGGAGAGAGAACGCCGAAAGUCCCCACCACCACUGGACUGGGAGAGAGGGGGACAAAGCUAUGACAGAGAGCUGGACACACCUAAUGAUAGAGUUGUAGAGGAUUAUAAUCAUGGUAGAAGCAGAUAUCCACCCUCUGAAUGGGGCCCCGAUGCUGAUAGCCAUUAUGACAGAAGACAUGAUGACAGAUGGGACAGACACGACCCUUAUGUCCCAAGAGAUGAACCCCACUAUCCAAGGGAGCAUGCAGAGGAUAGCAGAACACAGCAGAGAAAUGUCCAAGUUGUACCAGUAGAGACAAUCUUAGACUGUCCUGGCAGGGAUAUCCGUCCAGACCGAAUUGUCAUCAUUCUGAGAGGCCCCCCUGGAAGUGGGAAAACUCAUGUCGCAAAACUCAUCAAGGACAAGGAAGUCAGUAGUGGUGCUCAUGCGCCACGAAUCCUUAGCCUGGAUGACUAUUUCCUGACAGAGGUAGAGAAAACUGAAAAAGACCCAGAAACAGGAAAAAGAAUCAAGAAAAAGGUGACUGAGUAUGUCUAUGAGCCUGAGAUGGAAGAGGUGUACAUGGCAAGCCUCUUCAAGGCUUUCACUAAAACGUUGGAUGAUGGCUUCUUCCCUAUGGUGCUGAUGGAUGCCACCAAUGAUAAGGUCAGCCACUUCGAAAAGUACUGGAGUCUUGCCAAGCAGAAGGGAUUUGAGGUGUAUAUUGUAGAGAUCAGCGCUGAUGCCCAUGCAUGUGCUAAACGCAACAGUCACCACAGAAGCUUCGAGGAGAUCAACAAGAUGGUUGAGGAAUGGGAAGAAAGCCCUACAUAUAUGCUUAGACUAGAUGUGCGGCCUCUCUUACAAGAUGCUAUUAUCAGAGAGGUUGAGAUGGAAGCUGCAGAUGAAGCCUCUACUUCAAAGGAUGAAUCCAAGGAAAAAAAGGAAGAGAAUAAAGAAGAGGAGGAAGAAGAGGAGCCUGCGAUAGUGCUGCCAAAAAAGAGCAAAUGGGAGGAGUCUAACUUGAGUGCUGAACAACAGCUCAACAAGCUGGACGGAAUCCGUCCAUUAAGAAAGCGAGCAAGAGAAGAAUCGCCUCUGCUCGUUCCUGACGAUGAUGACGACCCUUACGAUGAGAAGGAAGAUGACAUGAGGAUUGGAAAAAAAAGGGUGCGUUGGGCUGACCAGGAAGAGAAGAAGCAAAUGGAGCACCGUCGCCGCAUAGGGUUUUGUAUCGGGACUGACUGGAGUCUCUUGACAGAUCCAAACGCUCGUAUUCCCGAACACUAAUUUACCAGAUUAUCAGAUAAGAUCUUGAAGGUCCGUAAGACAAAAACAAGAAGACUGAAAAGAGGAAGAGAGGUAACACUACACAACGAAGAUGUAGACAGGGAGGUGAAGAGGAGGUUUUGCAUUCGAUGCAAUUUUUUGGUUGACAUUUUUGUUAAUGUUCUUUAUGUUGUUCACCCUUGGGUGUUAUAUAGCACACCGAUGGCGCAUAUUUUUACCGCAUACAAAUACUACCAGUACUAAGGUGAUAGAUUAGAUAAUGUCUUCCAAUAUUCAUUGUAAAUUAUUGAACGAAUAAAGAAUCUUUUAAACGUCAA